AUGGUUUCAGCACUCAUCCUCAUUGCCGAGGGUUCCGAAGAAGCCGAGUACACCAUCACGUACGACGUGCUCGUUCGCGGCGGUAUCAGUGUCUCAUCGGCGCUCGUCGGAGCGUCUUCCACCAGCUCCACGCCUGAGUCGCCGCACUCUGCGGCGUACGUGACGUGUUCUCGCGGCGUCAAGAUCGUCCCCGAUCUGCGCCUGCCUGACUUGGCGGGCGGGAAGGCGCUCGAGUACGACGCGAUCGUGGUGCCCGGCGGCGCCAAGGGCGCCCAGACGAUCAGCGCCAACCCGGACGUACAGGCGCUCCUGGCUGCGGUGUACGGCAAGGGCAAGAUCGUCGCGGCGAUCUGCGCGGGCAGUCUGGCGGUCAAGCAUGCGCAGAUCGGCAAGGAUGCCAGCAUCACCAGCCAUCCCAGUGUCAAGGCCGAGCUGGACAAAGAGUAUACCUACAAGGAAGACCGCGUUGUCGUUGCAGACAACCUGAUCACCUCGAGAGGCCCCGGUACGGCCUUUGAGUUCGCGCUCGCCAUCGUCGAAGCCCUCGUCGGCAAGGACAAGAGAAGCGAGAUCGAGCCGCCCAUGCUCCUCCCGCCUAGCAUUACCAGUGUGGGUGAGAGCUCGCCCGAUCAAGUCUGA